AAAGUAACAAUUAUGAACCGUAAAACAAAACAUGCUACUGGAGAGAAGGGAAAAAAAUGUCAAGGUCACUGAAAAAAAAAAUUCUCCACAAGGUCCAAUCAGAACUGAGACAUUUCCUUUAAUCUCAUGUCUGUUGUUAGAAGCUCUUCAUUGUAUAAUCUCACAUGGAUAUAGAAGAAAGUUAUAAAAGAUUUGAUUGGGAGCCUCUCUUUCUUUUCAUGACCUCAAAACACUUCUGAAAUUGUUUGAUUUAAAACUGGAUUUUGAUUCAUUCUGAUAUUUAAAUUUUUAAAAAUCUAUAACACCACCAGAACUUUGUCAUCAGCAGACGAUGGUCACAGUGGCACUAAAUUUCUGCUGAGGACUGGGCCAUAUUUUUGAGGUCAUUGAUUUCAACUAAUACCCAAAGAAUUCUUGCAUGUGAGAGCAAAAAAAAAAAAAAGGCUAAAAGGCAUACAGUGUAAAACUAACAAAACGCAUUACCUGGCACAGAAAUAAUAAUUCAGCGUGUAAGUCAAUUCCGCAGCACUGGGAACUCCUAAGAGAGCUGUCUGAGUUUAUUUGCACAUGAAUGAAUGGACUGCCUUUCAUGCUGCAGAUGCUCCUGGCCAGAUGAUGCUGAUUCGGAUGCGUCUCCUCCUCCCUUCCAUCCGUCUCAUUCUGUCCAUCCUACCACUUCCUCCGAGAGAGAGAGAGAGAGAGAGAGAGAGAGAGAGAGAGAGAGAGAGAGAGAGAGAGAGAGAGAGAGAGAAAUUCUCCUUGCAUCUUCAUUCAGUCGCAUGUGUAUGUGUCUGAGCUGCUGGAUGGAUCCUGCAGUAUAACUGAUAUUUUAUCAUUAUUAUUUCUUUCUUUAUUUUUUUAUUGGACAGAUUUGGAUUACAAGCGCAUAUGGAAGGGAACAGAUGAUAAGAUGCACGUGCGUUUUUAAUAGCUAGUGCAGCAUAAAUCUGCGCUAUGGAAGAAGUCAGAAAAACUAAAGCAAGGCAAUACUGCUUACUAAGGAUGUAGUGAAAUGAAAUAUACAUGAAAAAAAUGCACGUGGAUGAAGUUGCAUGCUGCGUACAAGUGAAAGCAAGAUAAAGAAAAAGAAGAAGAAGUGAUGAACUGGAGGAUUGGAUACGCUUCGUGCGCAGACGCAUGGAGAGAUCGAUGAAUGGAUACGUCCGAUUUGUGCAGUUGUUGAAGGAUAGAAGCUUUUGUUCAAAUGUUAAUUUAUUUGCAAAACCUCCUCAACACGUCCCUCGUUUUGUCAUUUUGUUCCAAAGCGCUAAAGGUGGAGCAAUGCAGGGAAGCUGAAUGCGUGCAUGCAGCAUGAAACAGACCUCUCGAACAAAGUGCUGAAUGCGUUUCAACUAUACUGUACACCGCUCAUUGAAUAUUUAUUGUUAUUAUUUUCUUUUCCUCCUGGAUUUCUUUCUGCACUUCUGUAAUAAAUGCGCCAUCACCCCUGGGCCGGUGUGCGCGAGACUCCACACCACCGAAUUUGGAAAUAUCCUUCUUUUCUUUUCUAAUUAUUUCUAUCUAAAUGGAAGUAUUGGAGAUCGAAGGCAGUGGUGAAAGGAGCAGACAUGGUUCAUGGGCGCAGUUUUCUUCUCGUUGUUGCAGGUCUCCUCAUGGUUGGAUUGUCUGUUGCGACAAAAAAAGAAGCAGUGAAAAACAACUCAGGUGUUCAACCAGCAGGACAGUGUGGAACGUGGGUGAAAAAACCAGAGGGAGGACUCUUCACAUCCCCCAAUUAUCCAAACAAAUACCCACCUGAGCGCGAGUGCAUUUACGUCAUUGAAGCUCCCCCGAGACAGUGUAUUGAUCUCUUCUUUGACGAGAAGUACUCGAUAGAACCUUCGUGGGAAUGUAAAUUUGACCACAUCGAAGUGCGUGACGGACCUUUUGGCUUUUCUCCUAUAAUCGGACGCUACUGUGGCCAGCAGAGCCCGCAGUACAUCAGAUCGAGUGGCCGAUACCUAUGGAUAAAAUUCGUAGCAGAUGGUGAACUGGAAGCCAUCGGAUUUUCAGCGAACUACAAUUUCACCACAGAUCCUGACUUUAAAGACAUGGGAAUCCCCAAGCCUCUUUCCGCAUGUGAGUUUGAGAUGACUGGACCCGAAGGCAUCAUUGAAUCACAACAGAUCAUCAGGGAUGGUAAAGCUUCACAGACGGAGGCAGUGGACUGCAAGUGGUUCAUCCGAGCUCCUCCUCGCUCUAAGAUCUACCUGCGGUUCCUGGACUAUGAGAUGCAGAAUUCAAAUGAGUGCAAGCGAAAUUUUGUAGCUGUGUACGAUGGCAGCGGCUCGGUUGAGGAUCUGAAGUGUAAAUUCUGCAGCACGGUGGCUAGUGACGUGACAUUGAGAACGGCACUGGGUGUCGUGCGGAUGUGGGCCGACGAGCACAGUCGCCGCAGUCGUUUCCGCAUUCUCUACACCACGUUUAAAGAGCCUCCUUGUGAAGCUGAGAUGUUCUUCUGCCACAGUAACAUGUGCAUCAACAACUCACUGGUGUGUAAUGGGAUCCAGAACUGUGUGUAUCCGUGGGACGAAAAUCACUGCAAAGAGAAAAGGAAAGCGAACAUCCUGGACAACCUGAACAACACAAAUAGCAGCAUCAUUGGUGUGACGUGCUGCAUUGUCCUCGUUCUCCUUGUCGUCUCCGUUACGGUGCAGAUCAAGCAGCCACGGAAGAAGUACGUGGUGCAGCGUGACGACUUUCAGGAAGUGUUCCAGGAAAUGCCUCGGCGCUAUGACCUGGGUGACAUUGCAGAACUUACAGACGAUGUCGAGACAACCUUCCAGAAGAACUGCGUUCACGAGCAUCACUGCGGCCGUGCCAAAACAGCGGCGGUGAUGGAUCCGCAUCAUCAUCACCACCAUUAUCAUCAUCAUCAUCAUCACGAUAACCGGCGCAGCAUCGUGGUCAUGAAGCACAGCUACUCGCAAGAAGAAGCAGAGAUGGAGGAUGAGCUUGAUGAGGAAGUUCCAACCACCAGUCACCGACUGGCCAGACACGACAAAGCAGUGCAGCGGUUCUGCCUCAUUGGGUCUCUAAGCAAACACGAAUCAGAAUACAACACGACUAGGGUGUAGGAGACGAUCAGGAGACAGAUAUAUCAAAUCCCUGCAUCUUCCCAGUCCCAGGUGUAAGAAGUUGAAGGAGGACAUCAACACUGUUGUGUUCAGCGACGGUGACAAACUUGACAGCGGUCACACUUGUGUUUUCUCUGGUGGAUUAAAACAUUUGUUGGAUUGCUUGUGCAGUGGAUUUUUUUAUUUUGUUGCGAUGCUGAUUGAACAAUAAGGACAGAAUUUCUACAACCAUAAACAAUAAACUGUGGGUUUAUUGUGGGUGUGUUGCUGGGGUUUUGGUUAGGAUUUGUCAUUCUAUUCUCAAAUGUUUCCUCGUGGAAUAUAAAUCUGAUGCGUUGUUUUUUUUUUCCUUUUUUUUUCUUCUUCUUUUAUUAACUGACCUUUAAAAAACUCUUGUAAUGACUUUUAAAUGGAAACUACUCUAAAUGUUGAUGCAAAAUUUGACCUUUUUUCUAAAUUAAAGAAAACUAUUUCCUGUGAUAAGUUAUCUAAUCUUAAUACAGAUGUCUAGGAAGUUUUUUCUAACAUUAAUUACCUCUUUAUGAACAAAAACCGAAGGAAGAAUGUAAAGCCCCUAAAAUAUUACCAAUCUAUAAAAAUUAGAUUAGCAAGUCUUGUCUAUGCAUAUGUCUAUAGAUUAAAAAAAGGCUAUCUGAUGUUUUUAUUUCUACUAAUAAAAUGAAGGCAACAAAGCACACAUUGGAUUGUUUUCUUCAUUAAACCUCAAUGGGAAAUCUGUUCAUUUACUUAAGAUCUUGA